AUGGGCGACGCGCUGACAAUGCACGGCGAGCGAUCCCCUGACUCCGCGACUCAGCCGCACACGACGGGUUUGGGAAUCGCUGUCGCUGGACCACCCAGCCCACUGGACUUCGCUGGCGAGCUUAUUGACAACUGCUCUGAGCUGGUGCAAUCAUUGACCGGUCAACUACCACAAGACGCGGAUUGUAACGGCAGCAGCGUCGCCUUUCAGAACGAGAGUUCCUUCUAUGACCUCUUGCUCAACCACGGCGAUAUCAAAAUGCGGGAUGAUCUUCUCCGCUACAUGACUCCGGUUGUUAUCAUCACUGGUAACUUGAGUAAUCUCAUGGCCUUAUUUGUUCUUCGGCGGAAAAAGCUGCGAAGGAACUCUGUGUGUUUUUACAUGUGUGCUUACGCUAUUGCCAAUCUGUUGACGCUCAACUUAAUGCUGGGGGUGGGCUGGGUAUGUUUCGCCUUCAACAAGAUAUAUGUCUCCAACCUGACAGAUUGGAGCUGUAGAUUGUGGAGUUUUAUUACUAAUGUGAUUACCUACAGCGGGAUCUGGUUUGUCGUGGCAAUGAACAUAGACCGCCUGUUGUACACACUGUCCCGGUCGGGGGGUCAGGGCAACUGUUCCGUGUUCUCAGCAAAGGCUGCAGUAACAGCGAUUGUGAUAGGUCUUGUUGUGGUCAGCAUUCACGCCAUGUGGACGUUUGAGCUGCAGCCGCACGGCUGCUACGUUCCGUUCCAGCAGGGAGAUAUCCAUAUCCUCAUCUGGCCAUGGUGGUCAGCCACUGUGUAUACAUACCUGCCUUUAUUUCUCAUCAUUUCUCUUAACAUCGUGCACAUAACCGCCCUGGCGCUGAAGUACUGCCACGAGCUGCAAAGCUCUUCACCGCAAGCCGAUGGCGGGAAAGAUUCCUUUGUGGUGACGGUCAUCGUUGUGUCCAUGUCGUUCUUUCUUCUGGCCGUCCCCGCCACGGUGGCAAACAUCCUGGACAUUCACAUGCCGUCUUCCUGGCUCAGCGUGGACCUCGUCGCCCGUAUGGAGCUGACCAAGAAGAUCACCGAAAUACUAUCCAGCCUUAACCAGGUGGUGUUUGGGGCUCAGCUUCUUUUGUGUUCCGAGGAGUUCCGGCGCGAGUGUGUGGCACUGCUGAGAGUUAUCUUCUGCUGUGUAGGGUCCAAAAGAAACAUUAAAAUGGUCUCGAUACGGCAGCCUUCCAACUCGGAAGACAGCUCACCUGAAAGACAAGUGGAUUACGAGUUAUGUAACAACAAUGACGAGACAAUCACGUCUGUGUAA